AUGGAUCGUCGCUAUCGCCCGACGCCGCCCAUGGCCAGCUUACCCCCGCUCGCUCGACUAGCUGAAUGCUCUGUGGAUCAAAUCUCGCAAGCCCUGCAAAAUCUCCGCUCGCUUUAUACCGAGCUACAACCUCCCCCUCUGCCUCAAACACUGCCCAUGAAGCGUUUGCCGAAGCAUAUCAUCCACGAUGCAUCCGUUCCGGACUCUGGUUAUGCCUCUGCCGAAGAAGACGAGUGCGAGGAAACGUACGCGGAUGACGAUGAGGGGGAGGAUGAAGAUUAUAGAAUUCUUCGCUCCGACACCUUCGAACGCGAGUACGCCGUCCGCUGGCUCACCGCCUUCACUGCGCGCUCCGACGCCUGGUUGUACCCUAUAAACGAAGAGUCUGACGCCCGCGCCACGCUCGUCGACUCCGCCGCAUCAAUUCUUGCCGCUUUCGCCGGCAAAGACGAGGAGGAAGCGCUCACAAGGUGGUUCACGUUCCCUGCGGACGGUGGCGAGGUGGACGUCGAGCUUAACGACGCCCCGCUGCUGAGCGAGGACCAUACCUCUGUCGGGUUGCAGAGCUGGGCGAGCUCGAUCCUUCUCGCCGAGCGCCUAUGCGUUUCGCCGCGCUCGUUCGGGCUCUCUGUUAAGGAAGACGGGAGCAAUCCGAGAGUUCUUGAACUUGGUGCGGGCACAGGUCUGCUAAGCAUCGCCGCAGCGAAGCUCCUCCAGCGGAAUGCGGCAGCGCAUCAGUUCGCUGCGUCUGUGAUCGCGACUGAUUACCAUCCGUCCGUCCUGGCAAAUUUGCAGGCCAAUGUGGACUCGAACUUUCCCGGUUCGCCGAAUGCAGUCAGCAGUGACAAGCUACUAGUUGUGCGUGCACUGGACUGGGAACACCCGGUCUAUGAUGCUGAGUUGGAGUCUUCGUUCGACGUCAUCCUCGCUGCCGAUGUGAUCUACCAUCCACAACAUGCGCAAUGGAUCAAAAGCUGCGUCGAACGUGCCCUUCUUCGUCCAAACGACACUGGAGACCCGCAUGGUGUCUGCUGGCUCAUUAUCCCAUUGCGUCCGACGGGAAGGCACGAAGGCAUGAGUGACACCAUCGAACGUGUCUUUUCUCGCGCCCCGAUCACUGCAAAAUGCGACGGAACGGAUGGUAACUCGCACGGGCUGGCCAUACUAUCUGUGGAGAAGCUUGAGCGGCACGAAGGAGUGGGAAGGGCGGACGAGGGCGGUUAUAAGCUGUACAAAAUCGGCUGGCUGCGGACAGGAUCUUCAUGA